AUGUCUCUGCAGCCAAUUAAACUCUACUGGAGAAACCAGGUCCCCAAUCCCUCAAAGGUUCUGGUCAUCCUAGAGGAGCUCGGGCUCCCUUACAAGACGGAGUUUGUCGAGCUGGAAGGUCUCAGACAGAAACCUUUCACGGAUAUUAAUCCUAAUGGCAAAGUCCCUGCAAUAUACGACCCUAACCAGGAUGUCACUUUGUGGGAAUCUGGCGCGAUAGUGCAGUAUCUCGUGGAGACAUACGACCGAGACCACAAGAUCUCCUACGGCACUGCGCCGGAGAGGCUCCACCUCCUCCAAUGGUCCUUCUUCCAAGCCUCGGGCCAAGGUCCCUACUUCGGGCAGUCUGCUUGGUUCAAUCUCUUCCAUGAGAAGUUCUACGGCGACGACCUUGAGAGCCCCAAGAUCCGCUACGGCAACGAAGUCAAGCGUAUUGCAGGCAUGCUGGACGGGGUCCUCGCUCACCGAGACUGGCUCGUCGGCGAUAAGUGCACCUAUGCCGAUCUCGCGUUUGUUAUGUGGAACCUACAGGUCCCGUUCUUCAUGGCCGGCCGCACGGGUGAACAUGCCUGGAAUCCGGCGGAGUUUCCGCAUUUCUCGCGCUGGCAGGACGCCAUGAUGGCCAGGGAUUCGGUGAAGAGGACCGUGGCUGUGUUGCAGGAUAAGGAGGUGGAGAGUCUGUAG